CCGUGAUCCUGUCAGCCAAUCAGCAGGCUGCACCUGCACUCCUAUGCAGCUCUGCAGCAACAAGAGGUCACAACACUUGAAAACGUGGAGGGAAGAAGACGGCGGAGUGUGAGCAGCACGCAGCAGCCUCGUUCGGAUCAUCAGGCCUCCACACGCGCGGAUUUUUCACACUAGAUCGCGAUGUCGCUGAAAAACGGCAACACAGUGGCCGUGGAGAGACGCAUGGAUCUGGCGUCACUCUUCUGCAUGAUCGGGCGGCACGGUCCCGCCGUUGCUGUGGCCGUCAUAGCGAUGGUAUCCGUGCUGGCCGGUUUCAUCAUCUACAGGACCUUGAAGGGGAAGCGGAGGAAGGCCACGGCGGCGGCCGCACACACUGAUGGUCAGACCCCCCCCGGAGCGGAGGGAGACGCAUCGGUGAUCCAGCCGAGCCCAGAGGAAUCCCACAGCUCCCUUAUGGCAACAGGCUUGGGUUAUGAAGGCUCACUAGAUGUGAAGGAGGAUUUUGAUCUGAUUCAAAGUGAUCACAUAAUCAGGCACCGCUCUGCUGCUGCUGCUGCUGCUGAGAAACAACCUUCAUCUUAUUCUUCUAUGAAAGACAUCCAAGAACCAGAAAACAAGCACCCCUCUUCAGAUGACACAGUGGAAAUGGCAGUCAUGAGGGAUUCUUACAGAGUAGCUGACACUUAUCCAGAAGUGGUCAGUCAGAGCCUGCAAAGUGAUACUUACACUGACGCUGAAAUGGUGGUUGAGGAAGCAGUCGAUUGCUACUACAGUGCAACAAAUGAUACUAUUGAGGAUGUGAUAGAAGAAGUCCAUGAUGUGAGUAGCUGCCUGAUGGAGCCAGACGUGAUUUAUGAAGAGAACAGUGAGGAUGAACACAAGGUGUUAAAGGCAGAAUGCCAGGAAGACGAGGUUGUGACCACAUACGAGGACGCAUCUGACGGGAAAACCAGACAAGACGAGGAAAUCAAUCAUACAAGUGAAAAUGAUGAUGUUGAGGGACUACAUGUCAAUGAAUCUUCAUUAACUUGUAGUCAAACUGAGACAAACAGUGUGGGGUCCAACAUGGAAGAUCCUGAUGUACCUGUUCCCUGUGUCUGUAAUGUCAAAGAUGAAGAGUUUGAGGAGGAGAAGACAGAGAGUGUUGCUUGCAGUAAUAUUAGCAUUCAUCACCUCUCUACAGAGGAUCAAAAGAAAGCUGAGUGUGAAGAGGCAGAGGAGGAGUGUGAAGAUUACCGGCUAAUUCCUCAACAAGCUGUGAUUCACUCCUCAACGUUUGAGGAAGAAGCAAAUCUGUUGUGGACAAAUCAGGACCAGAGUGAUCAUACUAUGGAUGAGGGGAUUCUUCCCAUUCAGGAUAGUGCAGAGGUCACUGAUGAAGACUGCAUGAAUGACCUUACAGCUGUUGACAUGCAUACAGCUCAGAGCAAUGAGAGAGAUGUAGAGAUUGAACAGAAUGAGGACAAUGGUUCUACUUGUAGUCAAGAGGUUGAUGUUCUUUAUGAUAAAGACAAUGAAGUGAAAGAGGAAAAUCUAGCAAGUGAUGAAGAAUGUGAAAGUUUGAGUGUUGAAACCAGCCCUGCUCUGCCCUGUUUGAGCGUGCCCACAAGUGCUGAAAACAUUGACGACUGCGUCUCUGAUAUCACCACUGAUGACAAAGAUAAAACUUCUGGAAUUUCAGAUUCCCCUGACUUUUCAUCUGAUUCUAAAGAAACGCUUAAAGAAGAUGAAAUUGACCCUUCUCUAACUGAAGACACUGAUUCUACUAUUCUUGGAUCUCAAAUGCCGUCACAUGAUACCGGCAAUGAAAACAAUGAAAGAGACCCAACAGUGCUGUCGCCUGAAGAAUGCACUGACAGUGUGUAUGAGCCUGAUGUUCAGUCUUACAUCAGAGAUCAACAAAGUGUGGAAAUGAUUCAAAAUGAAGAUUUAACCGAGGCUGCUGUUCUGCAUAGUGUUGCUUGUGAUGGUGAAAACAUUACUUCCCCUGUGAUGGCUGAAGAUGUACCUCUUCCAUAUGUGCCAUCUUGCAACAGUGAGCAGCACACGGUAGAAAUCGUUAAUAAUGAAAUGCUUGACAAGGGGAGUGUCGCUGAUGUUGACACGGUUGAAAAAGUAACUUCCUCUGAAACACUUGAAGAAACUUUCCCUUACAUGCCAUCGAUAUGCCAUGACCAAGAAAGUGACUACAUUGAAGAUCACAAUCUGGAUUUAACCGGGGUUAGUUAUGGGUCUGAUACACCUGCUUGCGAUCAUGUUUGUCCUACUGCACUUUUAAUGGGAGAAGAAACUUCUACCCCUGACAUGUUGUCUUCCUUCCAAGACCAGCAAAGUGACCACAUGAGAAACUCAGAAGAUUUUGAUGAAACUGGGGUUGACACUCCUGCUUGCAAUGAUGCUAACCUCUCUUCAUUUUCAGUGGCAGAAGGGAUGUCUUUUCCUGAUGUGUUGCCCCCCUCACAAGACCAGCAAAGCGAUCACAAUGGAAAUAGUGAAACCUUCGAUGAGAUAGUGGUUACUACACCUGCUUGCAUUGAAGCUAGCCUUACUGAACCUCUAAUGCCUGAAGUAAAAUCUCAUCCUAACAUGAUGCCCUCCUCCCAAGACCAAUCAGGAGACAGCAUGGAACAUACUGAAACUCUUGAUACAUUGAGGGAUAACUCUGAUGUACUUGCUUUUGACCAGGCUAGCAUUAAGUCAACUAUAACAUCUGAAGAUAUAUCCCAUACAGACAUGAUGUCUUCCUUCCAACAUAUGCUUAGCAACCCAGUGGAAAACUAUGAAGACUUUCCUGAAGGAUCCAUUCUUGCUGCUCCUGUCAUGACUGCAAACAGUAGCCCUCCCGUGUGUCCAAUUUACUUCCCAUCUUUGAAGCAAAGUGAGCUGGGGGAUAAUGACUUAUCAUCCCCAGGCGUUGGGAAAGAGAGUGGGAUUUCCAGCAUGGCUGUCAGCCCAGAUUUGCAAGAUGCUGGUAAUGUGUUUGAUGUCACUGUGGAGAAUAUCGUAGUACCAGUGAUGGAUUAUGAUUCAGCGUCUUCUGCAGAGAUAGAAUCCAAAUAUAGUUGUUUUUCAGAUGAUGUAGCUGUAUCUUACAAAAAUGAAAAUACAGCAGGUAUGAUAUUUGGGCCCUACCCGUCACAUCCCCAGCUACCCCAUAGUGAGCAGAUGGAUUGGAUGAAUUAUGAAUCCUUUGCAGCCAAUGAGGAUAUGUUUGGCCUUGAGAUUGAGGAUAGUUACCACAGAGAGAUGGAUCAGUUUAUGGCACAGAUUGUAGACAGUGUUACAAGCCUCGCUGAUGAGCUGAAAGAGGAGACAGACACGAAGGCUGUCGUCGAAGUCGCAGAGAUUAAAGAGAAGGAGGCACGAGUAGGUGUUGGGAAGAAAGAGGAUACAAAAGCAGAGGAGGAGGAAGCAAUGGACUUUGACAAGACUGGGAUUAGUAUAAUGGAGGCGACUAUGGACAAUAACGAAUGGAUCACAGAUAGUAACUACCAAGUCCUUCCCUGGAUGAACCUUUCUGCCCAGUCUAUUUCCCAAGACCACACAAAACCAAACCAGCUGUCCACUGAGGAGAGCUCUGCUGAAUGUGACGUCUCUUAUAUAGUCACAACAGAUAAGCCGUCUGCCACUGAAGUCAAACAAACCGGCGAUCUCUCACUUCUUGAUGAAAACUCUGAAAAUAGCAAAAAGGUGCUAGCAGUCCAGCCCAUGCCACAGAAUGUCAACGUUACCUUCCGCGUCCAUUAUUGCACCCAGUCACCGUACCAGACGAUGGCUGUCACAGGGGACCAGCAGGAGCUGGGAAACUGGAAGGGAUUCAUCCCGCUUGAGAGGGCCAAGGAUGGGCACUGGGCCACGGUGGUCAGCCUGCCUGCAGAGUGCCAUGUGCAGUGGAAGUUUGUGCUGUUGAACAAGGGGGAGGUGAGUCGCUGGGAGGAAUGUGGCAACCGCUUCCUUGAGACGGGCUCUGGAGACGACCUGCUUGUGCACAAAUGGUGGGGAUUGUUGUAGGUAGAGAGGAAGAAUAAUCACGGCAGGUACAGUCACCUUUUAGUUCUGGAUAUUAGACUGGACUGAGCUAAGAGUUCUGUACAGCCUGCAGUGAUAUGACAACUAAUGGUCAUCUAUCAUGUAUCAAGAUAAUAACAUCGUUUCACUGAUUCGGUCAGCCUUGGGGUCAAAAGAUGUCAUGAAGAGUUAUAACAAUAUUUGUAACAGCUAAUGCUUUUUUCCUGUUCAUUUAUGUUUCUACUUAUAAGUAGGGUCCAGAAAAUGGACAACAGAUUUAAUCAGAUAUUAAAAGUUAAACAGAAAGACUUCUUUUGCGAGUAGAUUUUAAAUAUUGUUUUAUAUGUGUCUCGCUUAUAUUGGUCAGAUAACAAUAAAUGUUAUUUCAGAGUCAGAACUUGUGAUGGGCAUUAUUUUCUACUCUGACAUUUUAUUGACUAAAAAGUCCUUAAAUCAACAGUGUGGCCCAAAACAUUGGCACCUGUUUUUAAUUAAAUUGCCUCUUGAAAGAAACAUUUUGAGCUUCUAAUUUAAAACCUUAUUUAGCCUAGAUUCUCAGACGUAUUUUGACCUGCAAAUUUACUGCACCAUGAUUACUGGGAUAAAACGGUAAUCUAAUGGGAUUGGCCUCAGUGAUUCAAUGGAACUUUCAGGGAACUGAGGAUCACCAUCAAAAGAGAGAAAGUGUUAAAUAAUACUGUUUCCUUUUUUAUGUGACAGUAUCAAUAAUUAUGCAAACUACACGUCUUUAAACAUUGGUGAUUAAAUGCAAGUGUUUAAAUGUAUAAAUAGAGUUCCUUACAUUGUCUGUAUGCUGCUUGAAUACUCCCAACAAUCUAUUUAAAUAAAUGCACAUAGUUCACUUUUCUUACAGCAAUAAUCAAAGCAAAGCAAUAUUUCUGUAUGCUGUAUGACUCGUGUUAUAUCAGGUAUUCUUACGUGUGAAACACUAAACUGUGAUAUAGUUGUAACUUUGAUGCUGCUUUUUGUCUCUUGGGACUGCAUGCAAUAUUGUUGAUGUUCUAUUAAUGUGCCUUUAAAACAUCAUUUUUCUACUAAUGCAGACAAACGGUGUGAUGUGUCUUCAAAAACAUUGGAGGCCAUUUUUGUUCAUUACAUAUUGUGUCUAUUAACUCAUUUAAUUAAUUAAGUGAUGCCAUCAGAGUAUCUUAUAUGCAACACUGUGGUUAUGAUGUUUGAAGAACAAUAAAGGAAUCUUCUGUCAUA